UCAUAUAGCAUAUAUAAGCAUUUCAGCUGAUCACACACGUAUCUACUAACAUUUGCGUAACGUUAACACGAUGUGGUGUUUUUCCCUUGUGUCUCUGUGCCUGCUGGCAACAGCAACCGCACAACGCACGUGUACAAUCUCCAUCCAGAAGGACCUCUCAUCAGCGUCGCCAUUACUCCUACGCCAAUUCCAAGUCGCACGCACCACCAACGAUGCCUACUAUCUACCUAAAAACAGAUACGGCGAUAUUGCAUUCAAUGAGAACGACAUUAUCAACUUAUCCUGUCCCAAUGGUAAAGUUAUCUUCAACGGAGGAAAUACUGGUCAAUCUAUUGUUCCGGUACGAUGCACAGGAAGCGGAAAAGUUUUUGAAGUGAUAAGCAGCAAAGCAACAGGCACAUUAUCACAAUUCAAAUGUUCUCAACCCGGACACAUCGCACGCUACACAGGAAAAUCAUGUCUCAGCGGAUUCAAAGAAAUAGAAAUUGGUUUCCAGGUAAGUUCUGCAACAUUCCUACGAGAAAUCACAGUUUGUUUCGAUUCGACAAAACAAAACGCUGCCUAUUCCGCAUACAACCUCACCAGACUGAUUAAAGGAAGUCAGUACAGCACACCACGACCGGAAUUUGAAGAUGGAAACUUCUACAACGUGGGUAAUCAUAAAGUAAAUAGUUUAUACACAAAUUACGUGCAACGUAUCAACGUUAAUAAACAACUAGGACUCGCACAAAACUCUAAAAUGUACAUUGGUAAUGGAGAUUACUACCUGAGUCGUGGACAUCUCACCGCAAAAGCUGAUUUUGUUUAUGGUAACCAACAUAAUGCUACGUUCUUCUAUGUUAAUGCAGCACCGCAAUGGCAGACAUUUAAUGGUGGAAAUUGGAACGAAGUAGAGCAAAGUGUACGUCAACUGGCAAGCGAUAGAGAUUUAGAUCUUGAAGUCUAUACCGGAACUCAUGGUGUGAUGACUUACCACAUGCAACUUCCGGAACAAACGGAAGUGUAUCUGUACAGCGAGAAUGGAAAACAAGCUAUACCUGUACCGAGAUUAUAUUGGAAAGUGGUUUAUGAUCGUAGGACCAAAGCAGGUAUAGCUCUCGUUGGUCUCAACAAUCCUUACAACAAAGCUGUUUCCGAAGAUGUGCUAUGCACAGAUGUCUGCAAUCAAUUAACAUUUAGCAUCACAUGGAACCGCACUGACCUUGUACAAGGAUACGGCUAUUGCUGUGAAGUAAAUGAACUGCGUAAAACUGUUAAAAAUAUUCCCAACAUUGCUGUUAAUUCAGUCUUAUUGUAAACUAUAACAAGAAAUAUAUUUCAUCUUAAUCUGCAA